AUGGCCUCAUACCGAUUGUUUCUGAACGGUUACGGUUCUGCUGCUGAAACCGUGGAUUGUGAAGUUAAUGCAUACGGUUGUCACGAGGAAAGGUAUUUUCUUAGUGUAAGUUUAAAUCUUAACAAGGCUGCAGAACUUCGAGCUUACCUGAAAUCCAAAGGAGCAGAAAUCUCUGAAGAAAACGCCGAAGGUGGACUUCAUGUGGACUUGGCGCAGAUUAUUGAAGUUUGUGAUGUUUGCCUGAAAGAGGAUGACAAAGAUGUUGAGAGCGUGAUGAACAGUGUAGUCUCUUUGCUUCUUAUCCUGGAACCUGACAAACAGGAAGCACUGAUUGAAAGCCUGUGUGAGAAGUUAGUAAAAUUUCGGGAAGGAGAGCGCCCAUCUCUUAGAUUGCAGCUACUGAGCAAUCUCUUCCAUGGUAUGGACAAGAACACUCCUGUGAGAUACACAGUGUACUGCAGCCUUCUUAAAGUGGCUUCGUCAUGUGGUGCCAUCCAGUACGUUCCAACUGAACUAGAUCAGGUCCGAAAAUGGAUUUCUGACUGGAAUCUCGGCACAGAGAAAAAGCAUACUCUUCUGAGACUGCUGUAUGAUGUCCUAGUAGACUGCAAAAAAAGUGACACUGCAGCAAAAGUAAUGGUGGAACUUCUGGGAAGUUACACAGAGGACAAUGCUUCCCAGGCUAGAGUCGAUGCUCACAGAUGUAUUGUACGAGCAUUGAAGGAUCCAAAUACCUUUCUCUUUGAUCAUCUUCUUGCCUUAAAACCAGUCAAAUUUUUGGAAGGAGAACUUAUUCAUGAUCUUUUGACAAUUUUUGUAAGUGCUAAACUAGCAUCCUAUGUCAAGUUUUAUCAGAACAACAAAGACUUCAUUGACUCCCUUGGCUUGUUGCACGAACACAAUAUGGCAAAAAUGAGGCUACUUACGUUCAUGGGAAUGGCUGUAGAGAAUAAAGAAAUAUCAUUUGACACAAUGCAACAGGAACUUCAGAUUGGAGCUGAUGAUGUAGAACCAUUUGUUAUUGAUGCUGUAAAGACAAAGAUGGUAUAUUGCAAAAUAGAUCAGACACAGAGGAAAGUAGUUGUCAGUCACAGCACGCAUCGGACUUUUGGAAAGCAACAAUGGCAGCAAUUGUAUGACACUCUAAACACCUGGAAACAAAAUUUGAAUCAAGUGAAAAACAGUCUCCUCAGUCUCUCAGACACCUAAAAUAUUUUUUUUGAUGUAGUAAUGUCACUAUAGAUGAAAUUUAUUCCAAACGUUGACAAUUUGUGAAUGUUUCCAAAAUGUAUGCAAUUGGUUUAAAGCAGCUAAAUAUUCUAAAUUGCAACACCAAAAAAGCAAUAAAACUAACAUGGAAAAAG